GUCAUUUGAGAAUCGAGAACAUUUUGCAAGGCUGCGAUCGCCGAAAACAAAUAAGUUUGUGAAUUUUGACACUUUUUUUCGAAGAAACGGUUGGCAAAUCUUCGACGGUACACUUAUUCCAACUAUUCAUUACUUUUGGAGUAUAUUUGCAACCGAAAAAGCAGAGAAAAACUCGAUAGGCCAAGUGAAUUGUUGAACACACUCCAGCAGAUCUUCGCUCUGAGAAAACUUAGUUGCGGUCAACCACUGAUUAAAAACGAUGGGGUCGUCAACGAAAAAACACAAGUCGGAAAAGUCUCGAGAGAGCCGAAAACGCAAACACAGAAGCAGGUCAAAGUCAAAAUCACCGGAUGCGAGUGAAAGACAUCGGCACCGUAGACACCACAGAAGGAGAUCGUACAAAGAAAAAGAGGACAAACACGACGCCCCUCGUUAUUCUAGCGAAGAUGAAUCCCCCGCAAGUGCUCCUCCUCCACCAAAGCUGUCCAGAGAGUCUGGCACACCCCCACCGCCACCAACCAUUGGCGGCACAAGCUCUAGUGCCGAAAACCUUUCCGUUGAGGAAACAAACAAACUUCGAGCCAAGUUAGGCUUGAAACCGUUAAAAGUCGACGAGAAUGAAGCAACCACCGGCACAGCCAAAACUGCAGCUGAGCUUAUGGGUGGAAAAGAUAUGGGUGAAUUUGUGCACAGGGCUCCUGAAAACAGGGGCGCUAAAGCGCAGGCUGAGAAGCUGAGGCAAAAGCUGAAGGACCGUAAAGACAAGCGUGAAAUCGAGAGCAAGCUGAAGAAAGUCAAAGGACUCGGAGAUGACUCGAGCGACGACGAUGCUGCGGCGUGGGUCAAAAAGGCUCGGCGUCUGCAGGAGGAGAAAGAGAGAGCUGCUAAGAGGGCUAAAAUGCUUGAGGAAAUGGACGAGGAGUUUGGCGUUGGAGAACUAGUGCAAGAUGAGUUCCAUCAUGCCAAGAAUCAUGCGUAUACUUCACGAGAUUUAAGGGGUCUCAGAGUUGAGCACGACGUUGAAAACUUUACUGAGGGUCGAAACGUUGUUUUGACCUUGAAGGACAAGGGUGUUCUUGAUGAAGAUGAGGAUGAUGUGUUGGUCAACGUAAAUAUCAUGGAUGAUGAAAGAUACAAAAAGAACUUGGAGAGGAAGAAGCAGAAUCCAACCGGUUACAAUGCUUAUGAUGACGAGAAAGUUGACGAGUUCGGGAAUGUAGAGAAAAGUUUGUUGGGAAAGUACGAUGAGGAAAUACAGGGAGAAUCGAGGCAGAGCUUUGUCAUUGGAGGAGAGGGUGGGGAAUUGGAAAGAAGAGAGCGGGAGAGAAAGAUCAUUCAGGCAAAGCUGAAGAGGAAGACUCUUGAAACGCUUGUUCUGCCUGACCUCACUUUGGCCUCUGAGUAUUACACUGCUGAAGAAAUGACUAAGUUCAAGAAGCCAAAGAAGAAGAUCAGGAAAAUUCGCAAGAAGGUGCUCAAGGCAUCAGAUUUGGAAGCCAGUGCUCCAACUACCAGCUCUGACCUUAAGCGUCGGAGGAGAGAAGAACGGGAGGAGUCGACAGGUUUCAGGCCUGUGGAAGAGAGCAAUGGGCUAGAACCUGUCCCCAAAGAAGAAGUAGAGGAUAUGGAUCUGGACAGUGAUACGGAGGAGAGGCGAAGAGGCAUUAUUGAUGUGGAUGAUGUACCACUUCCCUCUGUAGAUUUGUCUGACGUCAAGCUCGAGCCGGACGAAGGUGAAUUGGAACUCCAACUGGCUUUAAAUAAAGCUCGUAAACUGAGGCAAAUCAAAGAUUUGAAACCCAAAAAAAGGAUUGAAGAUAUUGCCACCCGAGUUGCGCAGAUCAAGCACGAGCAAGAAGAUGAAGAUGCAGGUGGAAGCGGACACAUUAUGCUAAAUGCCACGGCCGAGUUUUGCAGAACUCUUGGCGACAUUCCAACUUACGGUUUGGCAGGGAACCGUGAUGAAGACGUGGAAGAUUUAAUGGAUUUUGAUCAAAGCGAGAGUAAGAGGCAGGCCGCGGAAGAGCAGGAAAUCAGGGGCACAUGGAACGAGGUAGAAGUUGAGGACGCUCAAGUUGACUUCGCAGCUCCAGAAGCUCCGAUUUUGGAAGAGGAGCCUGAUGUAGGCAGUGGCGUUGCUGGAGCGUUGCGUCUUGCAGUCAGUAAGGGCUAUCUUGAGAAAGAAACUCUCAAUAGGCCGUCAAAUUCAAGGAUGAACCAUCUACAAGCACAAAAUUAUGCAAUUGAGGAUAAGAACUAUGUCGAGGAUGACAAGCACAGUAGGCGAGAGAGAUUUAAUGGACCUACUACCGAAUUCCGGGAAAAAGAUGGCUACAAACCUAAUGUGAAACUGGACUAUAUUGAUGACGAUGGAAAGAUUUUGAGUUCUAAAGAGGCAUUUAGGUAUCUAUCCCACAAAUUCCAUGGCAAAGGACCUGGAAAGAACAAAGUCGAGAAGAGGAUAAAGAAAAUGGAGCAAGAAGCUUUGAUGAAGCAGAUGAAUUCCACCGACACACCACUUGGUACAGUGACCAUGUUGCAGCAAAAGCAAAAAGAAACGCAUUGCCCUUAUGUCGUGUUAAGUGGCAGCAAACAAUUAACAUCGAUUUCCAAGACAAAGAUGUGAAGCUGCAACCCUGUUCUUUGGUAAAACUCCUUCUCUGCAGUGAAUGUUUAACAAAAAUUAAUUAUGAAUAAUUAAAAAUUCAAGUGAAUUUAAA